AUGCCUACUUUAUCCAACUUCACACAGACGCUGGAAGAUGUCUUCAAGAGGAUUUUUGUCACGUAUAUGGACAACUGGCGCAGGAACACGACAGCAGAGCAAGAGGCAAUCCAAACCAAAGUUGAUGCUGAGAACUUCUACUAUGUCAUCUUGUACCUCAUGGUGAUGAUCGGAAUGUUUUCCUUCAUCAUCGUGGCCAUCCUGGUGAGCACGGUGAAAUCCAAGCGACGAGAACACUCUCACGACCCCUACCACCAGUACAUUGUGGAGGACUGGCAGGAAAAGUACAAAAGUCAGAUCUUGCACCUGGAAGAGUCAAAGGCCACCAUCCAUGAGAACACGGGCGCAGCAGGGUUCACAAUCUCUCCUUGA